UUUCAAAACCUGUGUCCCUCCCUUUUAACCCUCACACAUCUUUCUCUCUCUUAGGGUUUCUGCUACUCACCAAGCUCGCAGGCAAUUCAUGGACUCUUAAACUUUGAGAUAUAGCUUUAUGAAGAUCUGUUUUGUCCAUUGCAAGGAAGAUAAAUUUAGGGUAGGAUUGUUUUCCCUAUGGUUAAGCACAGUAUGAUGAGCAUCUAUCAAGGUGAAUUAUCAUGGUAAUACGUUUAUGGCCCAAGCCAUCAAAAAGUAGCAGUAAUGUGAUAAGACAAUAGCUGGACUAGAGGGAAAAGAAAUUUUGUAGUUGGCCAUGGAUCAAUCUGAUCAAAAUCAACAGCAUCAUCACCAUCAGCAGCAGCCUGUGAUGGGAGUUGCUGGUGGUGGUCAGAUGGUGUAUCCUACGCCUCCCUACCAAACUGCUCCCAUGGUGGCCUCGGGUACACCUGCUGUAGCUGUGCCUUCCCCGACACAGCCCCCCGCUACCUUCUCAAAUUCUUCACACCAGCUUGCCUUCCAACAAGCCCAGCACUUCCACCACCAACAACAGCAGCAGCAACAACAGCAGCUUCAAAUGUUCUGGUCCAACCAAAUGCAAGAAAUUGAGCAAACUAUUGAUUUCAAGAACCAUAGCCUCCCACUUGCUCGGAUCAAGAAAAUAAUGAAAGCUGAUGAAGAUGUUAGAAUGAUUUCAGCGGAGGCUCCUGUCAUAUUUGCAAAGGCUUGUGAGAUGUUUAUUCUGGAGCUGACCUUGCGCUCUUGGAUCCACACAGAAGAGAAUAAAAGGAGGACGUUGCAAAAGAAUGAUAUUGCAGCUGCCAUAUCAAGGACUGAUGUUUUUGAUUUCUUGGUGGACAUCAUUCCAAGAGAUGAAUUGAAAGAGGAGGGACUUGGGGUCACUAAGGCUACAAUUCCUGUUGUAGGUUCUCCUGCUGACAUGCCUUUAUACUAUGUCCAACCACAGCAUCCUGUUGGACCUACAGGGAUGAUCAUGGGAAAGCCAGUCGAUCAAGCUGCACUCUACGCGGCCCAACAGCCUCGACCUCCUGUGGCAUUUAUGCCAUGGCCCCAGGGUCAACCACCGCAGCAGCAACCUCAGCAGUCUCAACAGCAACCAACUGAUUCUUAAAGUUUGAUGUCAGGUAAUCUAAGGUGUGUCUUAGUAGAGCUUUUAAAUAUCAGGGAUGGAUUCUAGUUGUGGUAGCCAUUAGCGUUAGUUGACAGUUGUAAUAUCUAUCAAACUCUGUAGAUGAUGAUGCCGAUUUCAUAGUGGCAGCUGGAUCAUGUAUUGGCUAGUAUCUCUUCUUUUGAUUGAAAUUGUGUGUGAAGGCUAUUGUUUAAA